AUGUGCUUUGUUGGCUGUCUGAUCACCUGGCCAGUUUUGUUCCCCGUCAAUGCCACGGGUGGUGCAGGUCUCAAGCAGCUUGACAUUCUGACCAUUUCCAACAACCUGCACUUUUCUCGAUACUUUGCACAUGCAUUCAUCGCGUGGAUCUUUAUUGGCUUCAUUUUCUUCCUCAUCACCAGGGAAAGCAUCUACUACAUCAAUCUUCGCCAGGCGUAUGCCUUGUCUCCAGCCUAUGCCAACCGCAUGUCCUCGCGGACGGUUCUCUUCACGGCCGUGUCGAAAGAGUACCUGAAUGAAAGCAAGAUUCGUCGCCUCUUUGGUAACGACAAAGUCAAGAACGUCUGGAUGGCCACCGACACGAGCAAGCUCGAAGAGAAGGUCCAAGAGAGAGAGGAUGCGGCGAUGAAGCUGGAAGGUGCCGAAAUUGAGCUGAUUAAAAAGGCCAAUGGCGCUCGUCUCAAGGCUUUGAAGAAGAAUGACGAAGAGGCUCGCCAGCAGGACACCACCGCUGCCGAUGAUGAAUCUGGUUCGGUCGCGGCGCGUUGGAUAAAACCCAAGGACCGUCCUACCCAUCGGUUGAAAUUCCUCAUUGGAAAAAAGGUCGACACCAUCAACUGGGCCAGGGCCGAAAUCGAGCGUCUGACGCCCGAGAUCGAAGAACUGCAAGCCAAGCACCGUGCUGGAGACGCCAAGCUGGUUUCCUCCGUCUUUGUGGAAUUCUACAGCCAGUACGAGGCGCAGGCCGCCUACCAAGCGGUUACCCACAACCUUCCCCUUCACAUGAGCCCCCGUUAUAUUGGCAUCGAUCCGACUCAGGUCAUCUGGUCCAACCUUCGCAUUAUGUGGUGGGAACGGGUCGUGCGCCACUUUGCGACAAUCGCUUUCGUUGUGGCUCUCAUUGUUUUCUGGGCUAUUCCCACCUCUGUUGUCGGUGCCAUUUCCAACAUCAACUAUCUCACCCAUAUAGUCCCAUUCCUUAACUUCAUUAACAACAUGCCACCGGUGAUUCUGGGUGUCAUCACGGGCUUACUUCCCUCGGUUCUGAUGUCUGUGCUGAUGGCACUCGUGCCGAUCGUCAUGCGGUUGAUGGCGAAAUGGGGCGGAGCGCCUACCAUGGCCGCAGUGGAGUUGUGGACACAGAAUGCCUACUUCGGCUUCCAGGUGGUCCAGGUCUUCAUCGUGGUGACUCUUACUUCGGCAGCAUCAAGUGUUGUGCGGUCUAUCAUCGAUAACCCCCAGUCAGCAGCAUUAAUGCUGGCGCAACAUCUUCCCAAGGCCUCCAACUUCUACAUCUCCUACAUCAUCUUGCAAGGCUUGACCUUCACCUCUGGUGCUCUUCUUCAAAUCACUGGCCUGAUUUUGGGAAAGAUCCUGGGCAUGAUUCUGGACAACUCUCCACGGAAGAUGUAUAACCGCUGGUCGUCUCUUGCUGACUUGGGCUGGGGAACCGUCUUGCCGCCCAUGUCGUUGCUGGCUGUGAUUGCGAUCACCUACGCGUGUAUCGCACCUCUGGUUCUCGGGUUUGCCACCAUUGGUCUGUAUCUGUUCUAUUUCGCCUUCCGCUACAACCUCCUCUACGUGUCCAACUCCCAGAUCGACACGCAGGGCCAGAUCUACCCUCGUGCGCUCCAGCACCUUACAGUAGGAUGUUACCUUUCGAUUCUCUGCCUCAUCGGUCUGUUCGCCAUUGGAUCGGGUGCUGAGCGGAUCGCUCUGGGACCACUGAUCCUGAUGGUGAUAUUCCUGGUCUUUGUUGUUUUGUAUCACGUGUCGCUGAACCGCGCCCUCGAGCCUCUCAUCAAGUAUAUUCCCAAGAACUUGGAGAGCGAGGAGGAGGCACUGCUCAGCCAGACACGCACCAAGCUCAGUCACGCCACUACCGAUGAAUCCAACACCCUUGUCCAGGGCAGCUCCACGAGAAACGAGCCGUCAAAGGACGAGGUCGACACUGCGGAGAAAGGUCUGCCAGCACCGACGGUCCUGCCAGCUGUGCCGGAGAAGAAGCCCAACCUAUUCGCGAAAUUCUUCCGCCCGGACAAGUACACCGACUACGCGACUCUGCGCCGUCUCGUCUAUUCCGAAGCGGAAGCGCCCACGUAUCCGCCCGAGGUGGAACGCGACGCCUACUUCCACCCAGCGAUCAGGGCCCAGUUGCCGCUGCUCUGGAUUCCUCGCGACGAGGGCGGCGUGAGCAAGCAGGAAGUGGCGCACAGCUCGCGCGUCAUCCCGAUCACGGACGAGGACGCCUGGCUGGACGAGAAGAACAAACUCCACUGGAACGAGGAGAACGGUCGGCCGCCGAUCUACGAGGAGAAGAUCUACUACUGA